AUGGGCCUCCUCGAGACCCUCGGCCUCCGCCGCACAGGGCCCUUCGAGCCCCCGACCGUCCUGGACGCCCUCCUCUCCUCCCCGCUCCAGGCCCUCGUCACGCGCCUCUACCACCUGCUCCUCUUCCUGCGCGGCCGGCCCUUCGUCCCGCACCGCACCCUGCCCGUCCGCGUCGUCUGCGUGUCCGACACGCACGACCAGAUCGUGCGCCCCCUGCCGGACGGCGACCUGCUCAUCCACGCCGGCGACCUGACCAACGCCGGCACGGCCGCCGACAUCCAGCGCCAGAUCGACUGGCUGCACGCCCAGCCGCACGAGCACAAGGUCCUCGUGUGCGGCAACCACGACAGCUGGUUCGACCCCAAGUCCCGGUCGGAGCGGGACCGGGAGACCGGCGCGGCCCUGGACUUCAGGGGCGUCAGGUACCUGCAGCACGAGGCUGUGACGCUCGAGUUCAAGUCCGGGCGGACGCUGAACCUGUACGGCGCCGGCGACAUCCCCAAGUGCAGCGGCGACGGGGAUGCCUUUGCGAUUGGAAACUUAGAAAAGAAAAAACCAGUUUCGAAUACCAACGAGACUCGCACCCGUGGAAGAACACCAUCCCGCGCAACACCGACAUCCUCAUCACCCACACCCCACCCAAGGGGAGCUGGCUCACACAAAAACCGUUACAAAACAAAGCGCUACCACCUCGACCUCUCCCUCGGCUGCGCCGGCCUCCUGGACGAGGUCUGGCGCGUCCGCCCCCGCCUGCACGUCUUCGGCCACGUGCACUGGGGCCGCGGCCGCGAGGCCGUCUACUUUGACGACUGCCAGCGCGCCUACGAGUCCCUCAUGGCCCGCCGCCGUCGCGACCAGGUCGGCGGCCAGGUCCAGGUCGGGCCCCUGCGCGACCUCGUGCCCGGCCCCGCCUGGCUCGACGCCCUGCGCGUGCUGCUGCACGGGCUCGAGAGCGUGCUAUUCAAGGUGCUCAUGCAGGGGCCCGGGACGAACCAGGCCAGCCUCAUGGUCAACGCGGGCCAGAUGCUGGGCAACACGGGGAAGUUGGGCGGCAAGGUGGAGAUUGUGGACAUGUGA